AUGAAUUUAGGACAGGAAAUUAGUGUCGGAUCGUCUUGGAGCAAGGAUGAUGAUAUUGCUUUCGAGAAAGCCCUUGCAAUUUAUAACGAUAAAACAGAGAUUCGUUGGAAAAAAAUUGCUACAGUUGUUCCGGGAAAAACUUUAGAACAAGUUAUAGAGCAUUACAACAUUUUAGCUCGUGAUGUUAUGUUGAUUGAAUCUGGAUGUGUACGUCUUCCAGAUUAUGAUGAUUUUUUAGAAGAACCAAAUCACAAUGCUUUUGGUAAAGAAAGAAGCAUAUUGGAAGGUGGCAACGAUCGCAAAUAUGAGUCUAAACACAAAGGUAAAUCAAAACUAAAGCAAAAACGACGAAGGGGUGUUCCUUGGAAGCCUUUUGAACACAGACAAUUUCUGCAUGGUUUGAAAAAAUAUGGGAAAGGUGAUUGGCGUAGUAUUUCUCGUCACUGUGUAGUGACAAGAACAUCAACUCAGGUUGCAAGUCAUGCUCAAAAAUACUUUGCACAUAUCAACUCAGAGGAUAAAAAGAGAAAGAGGCCAAGCAUUCAUGACAUCACUAUUGCGGAAAACAAAAGUAUCUCAACAAAACAAAGACCAAUCACAUGGCAAAAAAUAAACAACAAUGGUGCUACUGCUUCCAACACUCAAGCCAAUCAAACCACUUUGCAACCAUCACUUGACAUUCCUAUAUAUGGUACACACAACAACAUAUGGAAUGCACAAGCCACUCAAGUCAUUUCACAGCCAUCACAAAACCAUCCUACAUAUGAUGCACCCAUCAUAUGGAACACACAAGUCGCUUCGCAACCAUCGGCCAAUAUUCCUAUGUAUGGAACGUCCACCAUAAGUCAACCAAUGGUUGGACCAAUGCUCUCACCUUUUGGAACAAACUUGAACCACUUGGCUCCAUCUCAUAUGACUUCUGGAGUUCAACAUGAUUCAGUACCUUACUACUCAGGUCCUAGUGCACCGAUCAACAUGGAUUCAAUACCAUACAACAUUGACUUAUAUAACUAGAUCUCAAAGAUAGGUCUUAAACUUCAUGUUUUGUCCUUCAUUUAAGGUGGAAGGAUACUUAUUUCAUCUUGUUGUUUGGUAU